UUUGGUGCCUUGCCACCUGGCACAAAAAUUCCUUUGCAAACUGCAGUGGAAGGUGAACUUAGCCCUUCAGCCCUUCCUCCUGCCCCACCAGCACUCUGUGGAGCAGCAGCUCCUCCCCCACCUCCUCCCCCUCCUCCUCCCCCACCUCCCCCACUUCCAGGAAUGGCAAUGCCAUUUGGUGGACCAGUGCCACCACCACCUCCCCUGGGAUUUCUCAGUGGGCGAAGUUCUCCUCCAUUAAACCUGCCAUUUGGGUUGAAACCAAAGAAAGAAUUUAAACCUGAAAUCAGCAUGAGAAGAUUGAACUGGUUAAAGAUUGGACCAAAUGAAAUGUCUGAAAACUGUUUCUGGAUAAAAGUCAAUGAAAAUAAGUAUGAAAAUACGGACUUGCUUUGUAAACUUGAGAACACAUUUUGUUGCCAACAAAAAG